GUAUGGCCCGAGGCCUGGCUCCGUUAACACCCUUUAUCUCGUUUCAUUUAUUGACAUUCGCACUUUGUGCGGCGGGGCUUUCCGUGCCAGUGAAAUGUCAAUCAAACCACCAAGGGCGGAAGCCUGCGCCGGGCGCCUCGUCUCGUUCAGCUACCGGAAGCAACCGCGGGGAUCCCGGGCAAGUCUCGCCCUCACUAAAGAUGGCCGCCACUCCCAUUAUUCACAAUACCAGUGAAGCCAGAUUGCCCUGAGGAGGAGAGAGCCAUUUGCCCCUACGACGCCAAUCACCAGAUGCCCAGAGCCUCCCUGGCUAAGCACAUGGUGGCCUGCCGGCUGAGGAGGCUGGAGUACUCCAGAGAAGAGCAGGCUGAAAUGUAUGACUCUGCAUUUUACUACGAGAAAGCAAAGAUACCCACCGUUACUAUGGAUAAGGAUCUACAAUUUCACAUUAUUCAACAAGCUAAAGCUUUAAGUGCUAACGAAGGUGGAGGCUACAGUGAAGCUUUAGGUGCCUAUUCUUCACUGCCUGUUGAAGUUCCCCAAAACCACAAACGCUUCAUCUGUGACCUGACUCAAGCUGAUCGUCUUGCAGUCUAUGAUUAUGUCCUGGAAGAGACAAAGAAACAGAAGUCCAGAUCCCAGGCCACUGAAAAUGACAGUGAUCUCUUUGUAGAUUUGGCAGCUAAAGUCACCCAAGAUGAUGGUCAAAAAGGUCCAAAGUCUCAUCUUGAAAUCCUGGCAGAAAUGCGGGACUAUAAAAGACGGCGGCAGUCAUACAGAGCUAAGAAUGUUCAUAUAACAAAGAAAUCUUACACUGAGGUAAUCCGAGAUGUGAUUGGUGUGCACAUGGAAGAACUCAGCAGCCACUGGCAGGAGGAAGGUAAACCAGACAAUGCAGAGAUGUGUGAAGGAGGAAAAUCUUCCAUUUCAGCAAAAUCUUCAGGAAGAAACGAAGAGAGACGGUCAGCAUCAGUGGACUCUCGACAGUCUUGUGGAAGCUCUAAGGAUGUUGAUCGAUCUAGGCACAGGAGAGAUCCCAGCAGAAGUCCAGACAAACAAAAAAGAAGUCGAGAAAGAGGCAAAGACAGGGAUUCUAGGAGAAAAAGAGAAAGGGCUGAAGACAAGUAUCACAACCACAAAAGAAGAAAAUAGAAAAAGGACUGUAAAGAAGAUGUUUGUCAGCUGUUAGUUAAGGAAAUAGACUUAAACUGGAUCAUUCAGAGCUGUGAAUAUCAGCAGCAUGCUGAUGGUGAUAGCAUUAUGAAUCAAACGUACCCACAGCUGGGAGGCUGCCAGUGCCAUCCUUCCCUCAUCCUGACAGCCUUACUAUGGUCUCUUGUCUCAGAAGGUUUUUAUCUCUGCAUUAGAAGGUGACGUGUAAUUUGUUGUAUUGCCUUUGACUGAUUGAUAAAUAUAAUUUAUUA